GAGUCACAAUAUUGCAGUACAAAUACUUUUACGGCUUCACAUUAUUCAGUCACAUACUGUAUCGCUGCUUGUUCCAGCUUUCACGUUUGCUGCUCAGUUUCGUUGCAAAGUUGAGAGGGUUUGCUUACGCUGCUAGUCAUCCAUUGAGCGUAUUGACAUGGCUGCCACCGCCGCUCUGCCCGAUCCUUUCCAGCGCCGCAGUCUGGCGGCCGGCGACCUCAUCGUCAAAGCGGAACCAUGGGUGUGGUCUUUCCACUGGAGCGCCCAUGAGACGCGCUGUGCCAACUGUUUUUCGGAGCGCAAGACGGAGGACCUGCAGCGCUGCAGUGUCUGCCAGUUUUACCGUUACUGCGACACCACGUGCCAACGAGCGGGUUGGAAGCGCGAUCACAAGCUGGAGUGUCCGUGGCUGCGCAGAAUGGCCGCGGAUUCCCGGGCAAAGGACACCGAGCCCGGACCAUGACUGCCGUGUGCGCGGGUGCCGGGAUUUCGGCUGCGGGACCAUCUCCUUCCUCCUGGUGAAGAUUGUUCUGCGCCACAGCCCUUUCCAACGAACGGCAUUCACCGCCGGCGCUCCGCCCAUGACGGCCAUGGACACGCUAACCGCCCUGCUGCCCUACGACGCCAACUUUGAUCAAUAUCGCAUCGAAUUGCAGCCGUCGCAACAGACCCUGCGGAACAUAAUGACCGGAUUCGGCGGUCCCGCCAAUCGCGCCGCGAUGGCCGAUCAGAUGUCGGAGACCAAUGUCAUAUACCGGCGCAUUCUCUUCCACGCCUUUGCUCUGGGACAGGACGACGACCCGGUGCCCUUCGGGGCCGGCCUCUUCCCGGCGGCGCCGCACCGCGCCAUGACGCCGGUGUGCUGGGACGCCAAUGCCCGUCUCCACUUCAACCUGGCCGACCGUCGGUUACACGUCCGUGCGCUGGAGCCCAUCGCCAACUUUACCACAUGGGCUGAUCUGCGCUACGAUUACUGGAACGGUGGUGUCUUAAUGAGCAGCCGGGCAAAGCGGCUGCAUGUGUAUUGGCUGACACACUGUCGCCAUUGUCGUUGCGCGCAGUGCAGCGACGAAAAGGAAGGCGAGAUGAAUCCGCUGCGCUGUAGCACGCAGGGCUGCAGUCAGCGUAUUCCUAGCGACCGCCGCGCUCGCCAACCGUGCCCCGAGUGCGGUGCCGUCGUGGCCGACCGCCUCGAGCAGCUGCGCGGAUUCAUGGCGCGCCACGAGGAGCUGGAUGAGGAAGGGAAGAGCCGGAAUGCGGCUGACGAAGAGCAGCUGUUAAAGGAUCUUGACGCCGCCGGGAUUCUACAUCCGGACGCGCAUUUCCGGUUGGUGUGCGGUUGGCGCGUCGCCGGUCGCUAUAUGGAAGGAGACCGCUUCGCCGAAGCCUGGGCUCUGCUGAAGGACUUUGCGGCCUGCGCACGGGCCUGCUUCCCGAAAUACCAUCAGCAACGUAAAAGUCUUGGUGCGCGCCGCGCAGGCCUUGUUCCAGUUGGCGGCGCAUGAGCAGCAUGCCUUACGCUCCGACUUGGCGCUGGGAAAGGGUUUCCUGGAGGAAGCCCGCAACAUCUGCUGGACGCUCAACGGACGACAAUCCGACUCUAUCACGGAGCACGUGGAUGGCUUCCUGAAGAACUGGCCAGCAGGAUGAUCUGCGAGCGGAAAUACCCAGUAGUGUUAACGCAACAGCGAUCCUUUGCAGUGUUGGCUGUUCUUCGCGACAAGACUAAAUCCCACGUCCAAAGUAAUUGACAGAUUUAUACAGCCCCUUUUUCCUAGUUUGUAUCAAAUUUUUCCUAGUGCAAGUUCUUCAUACACAUGUACUCCGUACUCGUAUAACUGCCUUUUUCAGUGCCGCAGUUUGUGCUUUAUUCUGCUAACAUCGAUCCGCCGCGUCUUGCCAGUCUACAGUCAUUUACUGUAGUAAUAAUUUCGUUAUCAAUAGUUUGUUUGUCCAUAUUAAAACGUUUGUCAGCUUCGAAUUGCUUAUUCAGCACUUCGAGAUAGCAGA